GACUGUUGAGUAUCACAUCCAAGCCAAGCACGUGGCUGCUAACUGUUGCUACUUCUUGUAAGUGGGGAAUACGUGACUCUACAGAAGGCAACUUCCAGACUGGUCUGCAGGACUGGAGUGCUGAGUAGGACUUGUGUCUGCCUUUUUCCAGACCUGUUGCUAAGCCAUGGCUCUGGUUUAUGGAGGCUUGCCUGGAAACAAUUUGCAAACUGAACACACGUUACAGCACCAGAAACAAAUGAAGACCUGGCCUAUGGAUAUGGGGAGCAAGCUGGAAGUUGUCACACCCUUUCUGGGCAAGUACCGUCCAGUUGUUGGACGCUGCUGCCAAAGAUGCACUCCAGAGAGCUGGAAGUCCUUCUUUCACAAGCACCUUACCUCUUUGGGAUUUUGCAAUGCAAUCAAGAUAACAGAAGAAAACACCAGGUAUAGAGGCUGGCUGGUAAGAAGACUCUGCUGCUUCCUAGCAGUAUGUGACUGGCAGUUCUCCAAUAGUACUCCUGAUAAUCUGCAAGAAAGAAUUUUUCACAGCAAGAGGGUACAGGAUAUUGUAUCUCAGAAAGUGACCCAAGGGAAGGGAGAUGCACCAGUAGUCAGUGUGCCUGCAGCUCAGUGGAUGAAAGGCAUUCACAGGAUUCUCUGCCAGAUACAGUCAUCUCUCUCCCCGUUCCUUCUGAGGCUUUGCAGCUGGGCUUUGCUAAAAUUCCUGAUUCAGAUGUUCCUCAAUGUGAUACUCCACAAAGGGCAGCUGGAGAUGGUGCACAGGGCUGCAAAAACGGCUGAUGUCCCUGUGGUUUUUCUAUCAAGUCACAGAUCUGAGCUGGAUGGUCUGUUGCUUCCACUUCUUCUGGUUUCUCAGGGCCUCAGCAUGCCCAGAGUGACUUGGGAAUAUAAAGCCUAUGCCUCAAAGCACAGGACUUUCCUGACUCGCUUAGGAGGAGUGUUUCUGCCACCAGCAGUGGAGCAGGUAUCAGACAGCAAGAUGGGAGUGUUGUCCAGAGCUGUUCUAGCUUCAUAUCUUGAGGAACUGCUUCAGAGCAGGCAACGAUUGCUGAUCUUCUUGGAAGAGCCCUUCUCUGGUGUACCGAAACGCUCUGCCUCUGGUAGGGAAUGGCUAGCCCUGGUGUUCAAUGCUUUACAGACAGGAACUGUCCCAGAUGUCCUAAUUGUGCCUAUUGGACUCUCCUAUGAUGUGGCCCCUGAUUUGAUUUGCAAGGGGCAAGUGAACCCCACCCAGCCAUGUAGUCUUUGGAUGUUGCUCUGGACCAUCUGCCAAGCUGCUUAUCGAGGACUAGGCUGUGUUAGGGUGGAUUUUGCUCAGCCCUUCUCUUUGCAGGAGUAUAUGGCAAAUAGCACCUUCAGACAGAGCAGUACGGGAAAAUAUCUGGAAGAACUGAUCCUACCAGAAGUGUUUGGCAAAUGCCCCAUGAUCCUGGACUGUGAGAAAUUGGAAUACUGGUCAUCAAACUCCUGUGGUGCUGUAGUGCUGAACACGAAGCAGCAAACCUUGGUGGACAAUUUGAUCCUCCAUUCACUGAGCACUGCAGUGUCCUGCUCUGCCAUCAUGGCUGUGGGGAUUACCUCUGCGCUUCUGCUGCACAAGCAUUGGGAGGGAGUCUUUCUGUCACAGCUGAUGAAGGACUUCGUUUGGCUCACUGAGGAGAUCUUGCUGCACAACUAUGAUGUGGGAUUCUCUGGGCAGGUGUGGCAUGUGGUGCUACACACCCUUUUCCUGCUGCGGCACUGCAUCUCCCUCCACCGCCUCUCACUGGGGGAUGUCCUCAUAGCUCCCAGGAGGACAGAGGCUGCCGUGACAGAACUGAGCAGGCACAGUGCUGCCCUUCUGCCUGUCUUCAUCCAGGAAGCUAUUGGGGCCUGCGCUAUCAAUGCCCUCCUGAUGGAGCUGCUUCCGUACUUGGGAAGCCCCGAGCAGCUCAGGGAUGCUGUCUUCGUCCAGGAAGAGCUACACAAUAAGACUGCUUUACUGGUCCAGUUGCUGCCCAAGGACGUCGUCCUACGCCAGCCAUGUCAGUCUGUGUAUUACUACUGCCAGAUUGCUGUGGACAAGCUGAUCCAGGAUGGCUUGUUGGUUGCAGAAGAGGUGGUCAGCGAUCGCUUGGUGUGUGACACAUCACAGAAGAACUUUGCCAAGAAACUGCUUUGGAAGGCCACGGAUGACUUUCAAGACAGUGACAGUGACUAUGAUGAAGAGGCUGGGAAGCAGUGCUUUAAAAUAAGCCACGAGGAAAACUGCAUCAAUGCCUUUAUGUUUCUCUGCUGCCUUCUGGGCCCUUUGCUGAAGACCUUGAGGAGAGUUCUGGUCUUCCUCGGGGAGGCUGAGGGCCUCCAGACAGAGUCAUGGUACAUGGAGAAACUGCACCAGUUCUUGGUGAGGAAGGCAAAUGAAGACUGUUCUUUUGAAUGUGCCAACAAGACUCUGGCUGCUGUCUCAAUCUCCAUCUAUAAGGAACUGGGGGUACUGCGAGAACUGCCGGGGAAAACAGAACCCCUUUUCCACCUUUCUGAGACCUUCAUUGCCAAAGAAAAUCAAGAGAAACUGGGAAAAUUCAUUGAGCAGUUUAUCUGGCAAUCAGCCUACUAGUUCCUUUUUCUUUUGCUCAAAUAGCAAUCACCCUGUCCUAGAGUAGGGCAGCAACCUCCUGCCCUCCUCUUUCUUGAUGCCUGUCCCAUGCUGAAGCCCAGAGUUGAAUAGUUGGUAGAUCCCAGAGAGUUUAAAGUAGAGGUUAUUACUGAAUAAAAGGUGUUAGUGUUGUGA